GCAAUUAAACAUUGCCUCUUGGAAGAUUUCUUGCAAGGCGCCAGCCGAGAAUAAAUUGGCAAUGGACGCUGAAAGCAGCUGGAAAUCGACACCGCCAUCGUAGCCCUGGACGGGUUGAAACUGAAUAAUACUUCGAUCGAGAGGCGGCCCCGAGCAGCAGGUUUGCGGUGCCGGAACCGGCGAGCUUGUUUUACACGCUAUUUUUUUGAACCGGGUUUGAGGGCGUAUGCUAUACCUUUGUGAACUGCGGCUUCCUAACUGGUCUGAGCGGAAGAAGAAGAUAAACGGGAAGAAAUGAAGUUAAGCGAAAUUUGGUGGGAGAGGUAGGCAAAGAAGGACUCUCAGGCUCCAAAGAAAGACGGACUGGGACCAAAUUGCAAACGAGGAACAGGAUGGGUUUUAAGAAGAGCUUCGAAACGUAAGCUAUUCGUUCUUUCUGCUCCGAUGAGUCUUUUUCUAUAUCUCCAUGUGGUUUCUUUCAUCAGUUCGAGUAUUUAAUUUACCCAGAAAAUUCAUUUAUGCUACUCGUAAUCCUAUUCGUUUCAAGUCAAUCUCUCCGGCGCUUGCCCUCUUGAACUCCACCGAGCCCUCAGAUUUAUCCACGGAUGAUGAAUAUUCUUAUGCGAUCUCUUCUUCUCCCGCUUCUACUGUCACGUGUAUGUCUGGUUAUAUCCCGAACAGCACAAAUCUGGCUGAGUUGGACUCGUCGAGGGUUGUUCAUAUUUUGAAUACUCUAAGAAAGGAUCCCAAUUCUGCAAUGUCCUUCUUUUACCAGUUAAAGGAACAAGGCUUUCUACAUGAUGUCUCCACGUAUGUAGCUCUUGUUGGGAUCUUAUGCUGUUGGAGGCUGUAUAGGGAGUUGGAUGCUGUCUUUUUGGAGCUCAUUGUUGGGUCCACGGAUAAGGGGAACUUGCGAUUUGAAAUUCCCCAUUUGUUUGAAACACUUGCAUUGGAGGGGCUCCAGGCCAAUGAGACAUUGGUUAGAGCAUACAAUGUGCUGGUUAAAUCGUAUGUCAGUAUUGGUAUGUUCGAUGAGGCAAUUGAUAUUUUGUUCAAAACAAAGAGGCGUGGGGUUGUUCCCCAUAUCUUCACCUGUAAUUUUCUCAUGAAUCGGUUAGUUCAUCAUGAGAAAAUGGACAUGGCUAUAGCCAUUUACAAGCAGCUUAAGAGGUUAGGUCUGAGUCCUAAUGAUUACACCUAUGCAAUCAUGAUUAAAGCACUAUGCAAGAAGGGUGAUUUAGAAGAAGCUGUCCAUGCCUUUCAGGAGAUGGAGGAAGCUGGGGUGAUCCCCAAUGCUUUUGCAUAUACAGCAUAUAUUGAAGGGCUUUGCACCCACCGGAGGUCAGACUUGGGAUAUCAAGUACUCCAAGCUUGGAAAGAGGCAAAUGCCCCUAUUGAUGCAUAUGCUUAUAGUGCUGUCAUUCGUGGGUUCUGUGGCGAGAUGAGAUUGGAUGAAGCAGAGAAUGUCUUUCUUGACAUGGAAAAACAAGGGGUGGUCCCUGAUACACAAUGCUAUCAUGCAUUGAUCCAUGGAUACUGCAAGGGUUGGAAUCCGCUAAAAGCUUUGGCUCUCCACUAUGAUAUGGUAUCAAAGGGUCUAAAAAGUAACUGCGUAAUUGUUAGCUUGAUUCUUCAAUGCUUGUGUGACAUGGAUAUGCUUCUUGAAACAGUGGAUCUAUUCAAUGAAUUCAAGGGGUCUGGGAUUUUUCUUGAUGAGGUUUCAUACAAUAUUGGGGUGGAUGCCUUGUGCAAACAGGGGAAAGUGGAUGAAGCCAUAGAUCUGCUUGAAGACAUGAAAAGUCAGCAUAUGGUAUUAGAUAUUAUGCACUAUACAACCUUGAUUAAAGGCUACUGCUUCCAAGGAAAAUUUCUUGAUGCUAUGAAUCUAUUUGAAGAAAUGAAGGAAAAGGGUUUCAAGCCUGACAUUGUUGUUUAUAAUGUACUUGCUGAUGGGUUUUCAAGAAAUGGCCUUGCAUCUGAGGCACUUGAAUUUUUGGUUUAUAUGGAGUCACAGGGUUUAAAGCCAAACUCGAUUACACACAACAUCAUUAUUGAAGGUUUAUGUAUAGGAGGAAAGGUGAAGGAAGCUGAGGAAUUUCUGAGCAGCUUAAAGGAUAAGAGUGUGGAUAACUAUUCUGCUAUUGUUAGUGGGUACUGUGAAGCCAACUGUACAAGCAAGGCCUAUAAACUUUUUGUUAAGCUAACAAAGCAAGGAGUUCUGAUUAGAAAAGGCUCUUGCUUUAAACUACUCAGUAACCUUUGUUCUGAAGGUGAUAAUGAUGAAGCUCUUGCAUUGCUUGAGACAAUGUUGUCGUUGAAUGUAGAACCUAGCAAAGUAAUGUACAGUAAAGUCAUAGCCGCACUUUGUCGGGCUGGAGAUAUGAAAAGGGCCCGGCGGUUUUUCAAUAUUCUAGUCGACAGGGGGUUAACUCCUGAUGUCAUUUCCUACACAAUGAUGAUACAUGGGUACUGCAAACUGAACUACCUACAGGAAGCCUGUGAUCUCUUCCAGGAUAUGAAGGCAAGGGGGAUUAGACCUGAUGUUAUCACAUACACAGUUUUGCUUGAUGCUCAUUCCAAAAUAAGAAGGGUUUGUUCUCGUCUAGACAUGAGGGAAAAUAAGGAAAUGAAAAUUGAUGCUUCAACCAUUUGGACAGAAAUGGAGGAUAAGGGUAUAAGACCCGAUGUCAUUUGUUACACUGUUUUAAUUGACGGGCACUGCAAGACAGACAGCCUUCAGGAUGCUGUUGCCCUCUUUGAUGAAAUGAUCGAUAGAGGAUUAGAACCUGAUACAGUGACUUACACAGCUCUUUUGUCUGGCUCUUGUAAUAUGGGAGAUGUGGAUAGGGCUGUGACCCUUUUUAAUGAGAUGUCUUCUAAGGGAAUACUGCCUGAUACCCAAACCAUCUCGGUUCUUCACCGUGGUAUUAUAAAAGCCAAGAAAGUGCAAUUUUGCAAAUAAGCAUUCUGUUGGCAAUAAGUGUUUGGAUGAACCCAAAAUCAAUGAGGCAGAGAAGAAGGGAAGCUGUUUAGUAGGCCACUUGGAAUUCAAGUCAUUGCAGCUUUCAGGUUUGAACUGGAUAUGUUCUGUGAACAAAACAACCAAGCAUGUAGAAGAACGGUUGGAAAAUAUCAACAAGAAUACUAUCAAGCUGACUUUCCAAUUUGUAUUGAUUCGCAGGCAGCCUGAUUUAUGGCUUAAAGACUCACUGCCAUUGAAAGUUUUUAUGGUGACCAUGGGCUUGAUUUGGUGGAUUUGUCUAGGAAGAAUGUGCUCUUGCUUUGCCAGUUUUAAAGUAGAAACAAGAAGAGUAAGCGAGGUGUCAUUCUGAUUUUAGUGUAGUGGGCUGAGAUUUAUUCUACUAACUCUCACAGAUUACUUGGAAAGAUAUUCAGCAUGAAAGGCUCAUGAUUUAUUACGAGUACACUAAUGGUAAUACCUACUACCGAGGCGCAUAUGCAAGUAGAAACACUUGCCCUGCCUGCACAGAUGAAAAGAAGUUACAAGUGCAGAGACAACAACAGGCGUCUUGAUUCUUGCUAUUGCUUUCCGAAAUAGACAGUCACCAAUUCGGACAAUUUUCAUAUUUGGAAUAUGAGCACCCCGAUCCAGAUAUCCAUGGUGAUCAAUAUCAACUCAAAAAGUGAAGUUGUCCAGAUGAACAGUUACAGCCAGAGAUGAAAAUAUCAAUUAGGCAGGAUGUUGCAAUGGGGCACCAUAAUUUCAAGAUAUCGAGUUCCAUAUCCUGCUACAAAUAUUCAGGAUGUAGAGCCCAGACCAUAUCAAAUGAUGAAAAGGAACCCGUAGGGGCCGGCUUAAGUGGUAAAGGCCUUGGUUUUGGGGGUAUGCUCCCCUAGAUCUAAGAUUCAAAUCUCCUUAGGUGCAAACAAUCUCUAUGGGCUAUUGGACUGAGAGAUUUUUUUCUUGAAUUACUCGAGAUGCAUUUGUGGGAAACUUCUUGCCGAGGACUUGUGCAUUCCUGGGAUUAGUCGGGACACUAUUCCUGAACACCUGGUACCAAUCAAAAACAAAAUGAUGGAAAGGAAGUUGCAGCUAAGCUAUGGCCGAUUCAUUUAGAGCAAUUUUUUGAUUUCUUCUGGGCGGAAUGACAGGAAUUUGCUAUCUCAGUUCAAUAACCAAUACGCUUGAUCUUCGUAUUCUGUUUCUCUCUAAAUUCCAGGCCAUUCUAGCUGAUCCUGGCUUGGAAUGUGUUCGCUAGCAUUACCAUAUACGUUUUGAAUCAGGAUGGUAAUCCCGUAAUUUUGAUGCAGUUCACUUCUUUGUAAAUGUUCUUUAAUUCUUAUGACAAGUUCGUAAUUCCGAACAUUUCUAACUCUUAAAUAUAUAUUGUUGUAUCUCCUUGGUUUCUUCUCAAACCAUAAGAUACUACUACUUUUUCCUUUCUGUCA